UUGGCGACCGCAUUUCGUUUCCAGCUGAAAUCUUCUUUAUCAGUUUCAAUUAAUAAUAAUUCUUACAUUAAGGAAAUAUUAAAUACUUAAACAUAUAACUAAUUCCAAGUAAUUGUGUGUACCAGUACUUGUAAACGAUUGAUAAAUUUACGCAGUUGACAAAACAAUACAUUUGUGCGUUUCGGUAUUUUGUAAAUAUUAUAUGGAAUUGACAACAUAUGCUAAGGGAAUUAAGAUGAUUUGAAAAUGAAUAAAUAAGCCAGAGGAAAACAAUAGUUCAAAGCAAAAAGAAUAUAAUAAUAAUAAUACUUAAAAUGGAGUCGAACAAGAAAAAGAAACCAAUUAAUGGCACCUACAAAAAAAGUAGUAAGUCAGUUGAACACAGCGACGAAUAUAUUAGUUGUUGUUUUUGUUUUAAAACUAAUAGAAGUAAAAGGAAGAGCUUGAUAGCCGGAUGUAUCACGAAUCUUGGAAUAUUAUUGAUUUUACUUAUCUAUACAUUAAUGGGAGCAUUCAUUUUUCUGGCUAUAGAAGGAAGUGCAGCCAAAAUUCAUCAAAAAACUCUAGCUACCACUUCCUAUCAAACCGGUGAUAGUAAGAAACCUGUACAUGCAUCAAAAUCAAAUAAUAGCAUUGCACAAUCUAGUGCUGAGCUUAGAUCACAAACAGUGGAGAGCAUUUGGGAGAUUACAGUUUCGCUAAAUAUUUUAUACAAAGAGAACUGGACUAGACUUGCAGCUCAGGAAAUAGCGAGGUUUCAGGAUAAGUUAGUUUCUAGAGUUACUGCUGAUGUUUCUGAACAAUACGAAGGAGUCAGAGCCUUGGAGUCUACACCACCUCAUAUCACUGAUGACUAUGAGUGGAAUUUCGCUAAGGCCUUUCUAUAUUCGUUAACGGUUCUGACUACUAUAGGAUACGGAAGCAUCGCCCCAAAAACAGCUUUAGGUAAAGUUGUGACAAUUGGCUAUGCAGUGAUAGGCAUACCCUUAACACUACUGUAUUUAUCUGUGGUUGGAGCUUUACUAUCAAGACUCAUAAGGAGUAUUUUCAGCAGAACACUUUGUUGUUGUCUGUGCGUUAAAUGCGGUUAUUGUUACCUAGAUGAAGACAUUUCAAAUACUAAGCCUUCCAAGGAUAAAGUAAAAAGACAAACAGAUGACUAUAGAUCUCAAACAUUGCAUUUACAAGAACCAUAUUAUGUUCGCUCUCCAUCUGGUACAAUUAUUUCGGCAUCCCAAGCAAACAGCCUUAGCACGAAUUCAAUAAAAGAUAAAACUGUGGGAUUAAAUUUCCUUAGAGAUUGCGACUCUUUGAGUUGUACGGACACAGAUUCAAAAGUUUCGUUUCACGGGCUUUCCAUUCUUGCUCCGAUUUCUUUGUGCCUUGCGGCUAUUUUUGCUUAUAUCUUUUUCGGUGCUCUUGUUUUAUAUAAAUUAGAGGGUUGGAGCAUUGUUGAUGGUAUUUAUUUCUGUUUUAUGAGUUUAAGUACUAUUGGGUUCGGCCAUUUAGCACCUGGUGCUAGUCAGAGGAAUGGUACUUCAUCGGAAACAAUAUGGUUUUGUUCAAUUUACAUUAUAACAGGUCUAGCUCUAACGGCUAUGUGUUUUAAUGUUUUACAUGAUGAAAUAGUCCAUAGACUGAAACAUCACGAUAAGAUGAUGAAUGGUAAUAGCAAAAAGAUCAUAACAGCAGAGUUUAUACAAAGGUCUUGACGUGACCCGAGCAGAAAUGCGACCCAAGAAUCCCUGAUAACUUCAGGUGGAGAGGCUUUGCCCGAAGUUUUGCAUCACGUUCCUAGUUCCAUGUAUGAGGGUGCUGCAUUACGUAGAUCAGUUUAUACAGUUAAAGAAGAGCAGGAACCUGAAAGGAUCUCGUUGUAGAAUAUAUUUGUUGUUAGUUGAAUGUAAUAUAAAGUCAAUCUAGGCAGGAUUUUUGUACGAAUCUGUUCCGUAAAACUAGUUUUUAAUUAUAGAUUGCAUUCAUAAUAUAAUCAUAACAAUAAAAUGACUGAUUGAAUCUAAAUUACUUGUUGUGCCAAAUUUCAAAGAAAAAUAGUAAAGAGUAUUUCUUAUCUAUUGCCCAAGUAGUGUGCAAAUAAUUGAGAGUUUUCAUUUUUUCGUAGUAAAAUGUAAACAUGGAGAUUUAUUUUCAAGCUCGAGUUCGUAUAAAUUUCCAAUUUUUAUUUAAAAACAAAUUUAAACUCUAGUGCUUAUAGUAAAUUGUAAUUUUGGGGAAAAAUUUCGUUACAUGCUAAUUAAAAAUAAGCUUUCCCUGUGAAUUAUUUGCACAAUAUGUUAUUUCAACAUGAGGGUAAAGGAUAAAAGAAAUAGAAAAUAUUAUAGACGUAGUCAAAGAAAGCAUGUCUCAUAUCAUAUUAUUUUGGUAUCAUUUUGGUAUCAUAUAUUAUAUGAAAGAAAAUAUAAUAUUCAUUUGUACAGAUAUACGAGAAUAAGGGUACUUAUUUAGACAUUGACCUUACCUUAACUGUAGUUAAUAACAUUAUUGUUUUCGUUUAUUAGGCACUGCUGAGCUUAUAUUGCGUAGCACAAUAUGAAGAAAUAUGGAUAUAAGGAUUCUGUUGAUUCAGUUAUCAAUAUUGACGGAUAUAUAAAUCAUGCAAUAUGAUUGCUUUUGAUUUGAAUAGAAUAAGACAAUUCAAUAAUUUUAGCAAAUUAGUCACAUCAAUCAAAUUUUGUAUUAAAUAAGUCAUUGCAUUUUCAUCAAAGGCCGUUGAUAUUUGUGAUUUAUUUUAAAGACAACAUUUACCUACUGUAUCGAUGGCCAAUUUAAGAAAAUAGUAUCUUUAAGGGACAAUUAGGAGGUUUUUAAGACUAUUAUUAUAUUUACAUGUGCGCGGUCGAAAAUAAGAGUAUAAAAACAUACAUUGUGUAUGUAUUACAAUUUAUUUAUAUAUAAGAAAAACUAUCACAUUUGUUAUAUCAAAUUAUUAUUAAAUGAUCGUAUUUUAAUUGUAAAGUAUUCGGGUUUAUUUGUAUGGCUUUGUAGUUGUGUUGGGCGUGUGUAUAUUAGUAAUGGAUUUCUUGACAAUAUGUUAUAAUAUUUAAUGAAGUUUAUAAUCAACUUCCUGGAAAUUUACUUGCGUAUUUAAAUAUCAUUUUUAUUUUAAGUUUUAUUUUGUAUUUGCUUAGCCCCACCCCAUAGCGCUCACUUCGGAACUGUUAUGAAAUCGAUAGCCUCAUCUCUUCUGUACCCUUGAAAACUCCUUAAAAACUUGUGUUGAAAAUUUAUGAUCGGUUGUGUAAGGCGUUAUAUAUUAUUUUAUAAAAUAUUUUUACCAAAAUUGCUUAUCAAAUAUCACAGGAAUUUGUUACUGAGAUAACCUAAAGAUUCCUUAGAAUUUUUAUCAAAAGUUCAGCCGCUUUAGAAAUACACAUAGUACAUACACAAACACGCAAUAUUUAUAUAAUAUACAAAGUUAUAGCAGCUUACAUAUGUUAGACUACUAUAGGUUGAUGACGAUUUCAAUUAGUUUGGAAGAAUUAAUUAAUUUGAGUGUGGUGUGAUGAAUUUUUGGAUUUAUGAUGUCGAUUAGUUAAGUAAAUAAUAUGAUGGACAAUGUAACUGUAGGUUGCAAUGUGUACAUUGAAAUAUAUAAUAAAAAUAUAAAUUUUAACCUGA